AUGGCCAAAAUAGAGAACGGCCGUCAACCAGUGGACACAAGGAGUAUCCGGACUAUUAGCAGCAGUCACAUAGACGAUGAAAGCUCUUUGGGGUCCGACUCAGAGAUCAACGGCUUCACCAGCGAGAGACAGACUGAUAAAUAUGGAUUUAUUGGUGGGGCACAGCAGUACUCGGAGGCGUCAGCUCAGGAUGUGCCUCCAGAGGUGCUCAGGCAAAGGGAGGUGAAGUGGCUGGACAUGCUCAACCACUGGGACAAGUGGAUGAUCAAGAGAUUUGAUAAGGUGAGGCUGCGGUGCCAGAAAGGAGUCCCUCCUGCCCUCCGAGGCCGUGCAUGGCUCUACCUUUCAGGGGGGAAGGUGAAGAAAGAGCAGAACCAAGGAAAGUUUCAGGAGCUGGAUAGCCAGCCAGGGGACCCCAAAUGGCUUGAUGUGAUUGAGAAAGACCUGCAUCGACAGUUUCCUUUCCAUGAGAUGUUUGUGUCACGGGGAGGACACGGGCAGCAGGACCUGUUUCGUGUUCUCAAGGCCUACACUCUCUACAGGCCAGAGGAGGGAUACUGCCAGGCUCAGGCUCCGAUUGCUGCUGUGUUGCUCAUGCACAUGCCUGCUGAGGAUGCCUUCUGGGGGCUUGUCCAAAUUUGUGAGAAGUAUCUUCCUGGCUACUACAGUCCUGGUCUGGAAGCAAUACAGUUGGAUGGAGAGAUCCUGUUCGCUCUGCUGCGUCGUGUCUCCCCCCUAGCCUUCCGCCAUCUGGAGAAACACAAGAUCGACCCCAUCCUCUACAUGACUGAAUGGUUUAUGUGUGCCUUCUCCAGAACGCUGCCUUGGGCUUCUGUGCUGCGUGUCUGGGACAUGUUCCUCUGUGACGGAGUAAAGAUAAUCUUCCGUGUGGGUUUGGUGCUGCUCAAGUGCAUGCUGGGGACCCGGGAGAAGCUGAAGGCCUGCCAGGGACAGUAUGAGACCAUGGAGCUUCUCAGGGCCAUAGUGCCUCGAUACAUGCAGGAGGGCUACCUUGUCCGAGAGAUUCUGGAGGUGCCAGUGACCGCACGAGACGUGGAAAGAGAGCAUCACACCCAGCUGAAGCGCUGGAAGAAAAACCGCGGAGAGCUGAAUUUCAAACCGCCUCCAAGGAUGCACGGCGCACGGCUCAUCAUGUUGGCCGAGCCGCCUAGGCGCCAGGAUUUGCAGCAGAACCCCACCAUUGUACUAGAGGUGCCUCAGCCCACACCGCAGCUGAAGAAGGGCAAGGAGGAGAAGAAGAGCAUGAAGAAGAAGAGCAUGAAGAAAUCCCAGCCCAUUUUGGAGAUCCCUAACCCUUACCCUCUUCCAAACAACCCUCCACCUCCACCCUCAGAUCCACCUGCCCCACCUCCAGUCAGGGACGAGACACCAGAGACCGUGCCACAAACUGAAACAGACUCACCUCACCAGCAGCAAGCACCUCCUACAGACCUUCCCCCUGCCAAAGAAUCUCCUCUUCAGCGAUCCACACAAAGCCUUAGCAGCACAGAGCAGGAUACAUACCUGUAGCUCCACAGCAGUUUCUGUGUGUAUGUGAAUGUGUAUGUGUGUGUGUGUUUGUGUUUUGUCUUUUUUUGUGUGUGCGUGCGUGCGUUCGUUUUGUCUGUGUGCGCGUGCGCAUGUGUGUGAAGCACCAGCACCCUUUCAGCCAACAACCAGCCGGCUUUGCCAAGGUCUCUGACUGGCCAGCAUCGUUAUUAUUCUAGUGUUGGACUGUUUUGUAGUCAUUUAUUCAUAUUAGACACCAUUUUGCCUGUGAUACUAUAGGUAUACACUAAAGCAUCUUUGCUAAGUGUGAAACUACUUUAAUGCUUAUGUCAUUUCUCCACACGAAGCUGUUGUUACCUCCUGUAUUCAGACCAUAAGUCUUAGUAUCCUGUUUACAAGGGAGACAUGUUACUGAGUUUUUGGGAGCAAAGUCAUUUCUUCAGACAAGUGUGGUUUAAAUGGGAACAAUGAGGUGCCUGAGCUUAUGCAGUUUUUCUAUACAUAUCCACUCAAACUCAACACUAGAGUUCACCUGUUAUACUGAGCAGCAGUGGAUAUAAACCGCUGAAACAAACUAGAUGCUUUUCAGCUUCUCAAGCCACUGUCUUCCAUCAGGGGUUUUGUGCACUAGAGGGCAGCCUUGCAGAGGUUCCAGACAUAAUUCCUGUUACGUUGCCCGUUAGUAAAGCUGAUCACAGCAGGGAUGGGAUUCCUUUAAGGAUUCAAUCAGUUUGGGAGGUAUUUUUCUGAGAUUGAUUUUUUUUUUUUUCUUGUGCGUUUCAUGUUUCAUAUUCUUACGUUUGAACUGAAAAUCAUCUUCCUGGAUCAGUGAAAUUGAGUCAUGCCACAUUGUGUUCAUGCAAGCACUAUUUAUUUUACCGAACAGUUUAAACAUGACAUUUUUGUUUUUGCAUGCCCUGCUAUUGCACAAAUGGUCACAUUUUUUCAGAGUGUUUAAUUGAUGUGGUUUAACUCUGUAUAAACUGUAAUACUCACUGUGCCAGGCACUUCCAGCCACUUUAGAGCAGCAGUAAUUCAUGUUACUUGGGCAGCAGAGAGGAGAACACUGGACAUUCCUCAUUAUAUGACACAUUCCUGCCUUGUAAAAAGCUAAUCAGUCUAAAAGCUGUCUCUUGCCAAAUGCAAAUCUGUGUAAUGUAUGUAUUUGUCCAUUUGGUUCAUGUCACAACUGGGACAGUGAGUGACUGCAAAUCAGCUAAUGGUGCUGACGUUCCCCUUGGCGUAGCUCAAGUAUCCAGUUGGGGGCCAAGCAGAUCUUACUGUGUAGUAUGUUGGCUUUUUUUUUCCUCUUAAUACAUACAUUUUGCUAGAAUUUCCAAAGCAGAUCAAGACUGUUGUUUUGAGACGAUCUUCAGCCGCUACCUGUGACCAGGCUUAUUCCAUUAUUACAGUCAAAGGGAUCAUGAGAUUUCAAGAUUUAUUGGGAUAUUUGUAGCAUUUCUCUGCCUCAUUUCUUUGGGAAAUAUUGACACAAGCAGGGUUUGUGAGGCUUUUUUUUUUUUCUCUCAAAACAUGUUGGACAAUCCUUUUUGUGACGGUCCAAGUUUGUUUUCCAACUUUCAUCACAAUGAUAAAUGGUAAAGGGAGUUUUGACAAGCAUAAACACACGUGUGGGAUGUGUUUGUGUGUAUAAUUAAUAUUUAAAAGAAGUCUCUGCUUAAAAAAAGUGCAUGUGUAGGUCAGUUAUAAAAAAGCAAUGGGGUUUAAAAGAAUAACACAUUUUCAAGCCGUCACUUGCCUGUAUGCAAUAGAUUUUUAGUUGCUUGUGUUACACACCUCACAUUUAUAUUUUAAUUUAAUGCUCUUUGUGUAGAUAUGGUAUGUAAAAUAACAAUUUGUUUUGUAAUGAAAUCUAUUUUUCAAUGUAUAAUGCCAUAUUUUAUUGAGCAAUUACAGAAACGGUCUCGGACGAUAUAUUUUAGAUCAACAUUUGUAACACUAGAACGAAAAUCCUUUUUCAUCUGGAAUUUGGGGCUAACUGUUGCCACUGAAAAUGUUUUUCCUACUCUAAAGACAGAUUGGUAUUUUACCAUUCACAGUAGGGUGAUAAAAGAGAUGUUUGACAACUAUGGGGCAGUGUGCAUCAUCAUGAGUUUAACUUACAA